AAUCACCUCUGCAUAUUGGGUGCCCUGACCCACAUUAUAGAACGUCACCUCUGUAGCUCGACAGCCUCGCCGUCUCUUUCCCCAAUCCAACAACUUUUCCUUCAACGUUGGAGCAGAGAGCUGCCACAUCAACGCAAAGAAACCAAUGUCUUUCAAACCGCUACCAUCCAUCCGGGCGACCAUAGCAACCUAACUUCAUUUUCAAAACAUUCAUUCGCAGACAACUAACUCGCAAUGGCGCCCGUAACCGCCACCCACCAAGAGGCGCAGGAGUCCGUCAAAAACGUAAUCCAAGACCUCCUAAACCUCAUGGUCCAAGUCUCCCAAUACGACACCAACCCUUCCUCGAGCAACAACAACACCCCAACCAACAACUCACGAGCCAGCGGCGGCGGCGGCCACCCCUCCUCGCGCGACGUCAUCGCACAAUCCCUCCAAACUCUCGACGCCUCCCUCCUCUCCGUCUACCGCACCGCGACCCUCCUCCCUUCCUCCCCCUCCUCCCCCUCGGGCGGAGGCCUCAACAACCCUUCUUCAAAUGGACAACAGGGAACCACCGAACUCGAACGCGCCGAAGCCGCCCAAUUCGCCUCCACCUUCAACAGCACGCACAACCCUUACGCCCCCCAUUUACACCAGCCGGGCCCGCAAAACCCAGGGAUUCCGAUCCCGCUGAUUACCUAUGUCGAGAACGGAAGGAACCCGGACGUGUACACGCGCGAGUUCAUCGAGCUGGUGCGUAGGAGCAACCAGCUGAUGCGGGGCAAGAUGCACGCCUUUAGGGAUUUCCGGGAUAUUCUCGCGGGCGAGAUGGAGGCGGCGUUGCCCGAGUUGAGGGAGGAUGUGAGGAGGGUGGUGGAGGCUACUGGGGGGCCGGGGCCGGCGGAGGGGAGCGAGGAGAGGGCGAGGGAGGGGGUGGUGGGGAGUUUGAGUGUUGGUGAGGGACAGCAGGGACAAGGGCAGCAAGGCGGGCAGUAGGAGGGUGCAUCGCUGGAUGCUCCCAGCAGCAUGGGAUUCAAAAGAGUGAGGUGUGGACGAUGUGGACGGCCAACUGGGAGAGACGGUGACGAUUCCAACCACAGCGAAAGAGGAAGGAAGUGUGGCUGUGAUCAGUAGCCGCCGGCGGUUCCUUUCCAAUUGCUAAUCUGGGCCUCGUGGAUGCAUGUGAGGGCUUACAUGGUUGUUUUGUUGGGUAUGGGCGUUCAAGAAACAAAGGACAAAAGGGAUCAGGCGUUUUGAGUUGGUUUGCUUGAGGCAACGGGGUUAUCGUGGCAUACAUAGCAUGCGCAUAAAGGUUCUCUAUGAAGGAUCAUGGAUAGGAGGCACAGUAUGGACUUAAGGUGGAAUGCUUAUCAAGAAGGGGGCUUUUGAGCUUCAAGGGAAUACAAAGAUUUCAUAAUUGCCCA